AUGACUGCCGGCAAUCUCAAUACAAACGAUCUUUUGACCAAGUGGUCCGAUCUGUUGUUCAAAUCUCGGGCUGUCAAGCUUGACGCAGUAGAUAUAGCUAGCAAACAAGUACACCCGCUUAUUCUGCUUGACAACGUUGGCCAAGUCCUCCUCAAGCAGGGAGCCUCUCGGGAAAGCCAAGUAUUCUCCCAGAUCUCUGAAAUUGCCUCAACUUCGCCCAAUUAUGGAGGUCUCGGGCUGAAUACGGAUGCGCAAGUCACUGAAGAUGAUGUACACGAGAUUAGCUUUCUCAUAUCAGCCUGGCUGGAGGCACUCAACUCGGAUGACCGAAAGAAGUCCACACAAGCCAGUACCCAAAAGCUAGCUCCAAAAGAUAGACCACCAAUGAAUGUUACCGAAAAGAUAUUCGCUAUGCACGCCAUCGACUCCAAAGGCUAUGUAAGAACUGGCGAUACUAUCCGGGUAUCUCUGGACUGGAUCAUGGCUUCAGAGGCGUCAUGGGCUGGUAUGGAAGGAACAUAUAAUCGACUGGGAAGCCCUGGCAUCUUCCGCAAUGAUCGCUUCUGGCUUGCAGGCGACCACGUCGUGGAUCCUAGAAUCAAAGGCAUGCCUCAAGUCAAGAGGCUAAUUGAGUCAUCUGAAAAAGCACGCAAAGUCUUCAAAAUGACUGAGUACCAGGGGAUGAAUUAUACCAUCAUGCAUACCGAGUUUUUCAGAGAGCGUGCCCAGCCGGGUAUGCUCCUCAUCGGCUCCGAUUCCCACACAUGCUCUUCCGGCGCAGUUGGAUGCCUUGCCAUCGGACUCGGAGCGGCGGAUGUGACCAUGGGUCUUAUCACGGGAGAGACGUGGUUCAAGGUGCCCGAGGUUGUCAAGAUUGAAUUCGUGGGACAGCCAAGUCGGGGAAUCGGAGGCAAAGACGUCAUUUUAUACGUAUUACAGCAACUCAAGAGGAACACGGUGGCCUCGGAUCGCGUGGUUGAGUAUACAGGACCUGGUCUGAGUUAUCUUUCUCCAGAUGCACGUUUUGCAAUUUCCAACAUGACGACAGAACUUGGAGGCGUAACUGGGAUUUUUACUCCGGAUCAUAUAACCAAGGCAUUCAUUGACGGACGAAGAGUGGCGCGACAUAGGAACGCAUCAACCUACUUUCGUGCAGACGAGGGCGCAGUCUACGCCGAAUCGCACGUCAUCGAUCUAGCCAAGGUUGAAUCCUUUGUGGCUAAAUAUCCGAAUCCCGAUGAUGUCGUUCCGGUGACAGAUGUUCUGGGCAUGAAGCUAGAUGGAUGCUUCAUUGGAGCCUGCACCACAGCGGAAGAAGACAUCAUUCUCGGCGCCUUAGUCUUGGAGCAAGGACUGAAAAGUGGACUAUCUCCAGCAAAGGACGGCAAGAAGAGAAAGGUAGUCCCUGGAUCUCUACCUAUCCUUGAUAAGCUGCGAAAAUCGGGACUUGCACAGAUUUAUGAAGAUGCCGGCUUUGAGAUUGGUGUUCCAGGAUGCAGCUAUUGUGUGGGUAUAUCUGCAGACCGCGCGAAAGAGUCUGAAGUUUGGCUGUCGUCUCAGAAUAGGAAUUUUGAGAACCGUAUGGGUCAAGGUUCCAUCGGAAAUCUCGCUUCGGCUGCGACUGUGGCGGCGUCGUCUUUUCAAAUGACAGUGACAAACCCGCAACAUUUCAUUGAUAUGAUCCCUCCAGAAAGAUGGGAGCUUUUGAACGGUCGCAGUUCUAUAAAGGGAAAGCUGUCGGUUAAAGAGCCGGACUGGGUUGAGCCAGCAACAACACUAUUGACUCAACAUGAUGAUUCCAAGGAUUCAGUUGUGAUAGCGGCAGAGAUUCCCGACCAGAGUGAGAAGAAGGGCGAAAAGCUUACCAUACACGGAAAGAUCCAAAGACUUGGAGAUUUCGUAGAUACCGAUGCGUUGGCACCGGCCCAGUUCCUUGUCUCAUCUCGAACUAAUGAAGAAAUUGGAGCUCAUUGCCUUGAAUAUACGACUCCAGAGUUCCGCGCUCGAGCCAAAGAAGGAUUUAAUGUCGUGGUGGCAGGAAAGGCAUUUGGCUGCGGCUCUUCGCGAGAGCAAGCGGUAUCAGCACUACUUGGAUGUGGAGUCAAAUGUGUGAUUGCCGAAUCUUUUGCUUUUAUUUACGGCCGCAAUCAGCCCAGCCUCGGCCUCUUGGGUUUUACCAUGGACGAUCCGGCCUUCUUCGAGGCGGCUGUAGACAGUGCAGAAAUCAGCAUUGACCUGGAAAACAAUCGGAUUAAUGUUGGAGAAGCCGAGUUUUCUUUUCAGUUGUCUACCAUGGAGAGAGAAUUAGUAGAAGCAGGAGGCAUCACUCCGGCAUUUAAGAAGUUUGGCAAACAGCUCUUUGACAUGAUCUGUGGCAGUACCAAGGACGCCAGGAGAGCUGUGGAAGUUGGUGGCCAGGCUGCCGGUAUGCAAUGGUAAAGGGGAUAGUUGGUAAUCAAAAU